CUGCCAACAGUCGACGACAUACCCCCGCUCCCCCGGUAUAUAUUCCUCGUAUCCCUUCUCACCCACCCCUUCUUCCUUCUGUACACACCACUCCUCCACCCCCCACCAUGCGCUCAGUUGCUCUGCCAUCUCGCGUCGUCCGUGCCGCCCGCACCCACUCGCGCGCCUUCUCCUCGCGCUCCCUCAUCCCCGACGAGCCCGUCAAGCCCCAGGUGCUCACCGCUGCCGUCCCCGGCCCCCAGAGCCUGGCCAUUUCCAAGGAGAUCGACCAGAUCCAGGACGCCCGUACCCACGUUCUCGUUGCCGACUACGAGAAGUCGAGUGGAAACUACCUCGUCGACGCCGACAACAAUGUCCUCCUCGACGUCUUUGGCCAGAUCUCGUCGAUCGCCCUCGGCUACAACGUUCCCCAGCUGAUCGAGCUCGCCAAGUCGGUGAGUCUUGCUGAAAAGAAGGUCACCCAGCCGCUAACGCUCCCACAGAAGGAGUUCAUCACUGCUGCCCUCAACCGCCCUGCCCUCGGCUCCUUCCCUCCAAAGGACUGGGCCAAGUGGCUCGAGGAGGGUCUCCUGACUGUCCGCCCCAAGGGCCUCGACCAGCUCGUCACCACCCUCUGUGGUUCGAGUGCCAACGAGACCGCCUUCAAGGCUGCCUGCAUGGCCUACCGUAACCGCGAGCGCGGCGGCGCUGCCUUCACCCAGGAGGAGCUCGACUCGUGCAUGCUCAACCACGCCCCCGGCUCGCCCGAGCUCGUUGUCCUCUCGUUCAAGAGCGGUUUCCACGGCCGUCUCUUCGGCUCGCUCUCGGCUACCCGCUCCAAGGCCAUUCACAAGAUUGACGUUCCCGCUUUCGACUGGCCUGUGGCCCCCUUCCCCAACACCCAGUACCCUCUCGCUGAGAACGAGGCUGCCAACAAGGCCGAGGAGGCCCGCUGCCUCGCCGAGUACGAGGAGAUCCUUGUCCAGCACAAGAAGACUCGCCCCGUCGCCGCGGUCAUCAUCGAGCCCAUCCUCUCGGAGGGUGGUGACUGCCACGCCUCGCCCGAGUACUUCCGCCAGCUCCGUCUCAUCGCCAAGAAGCACGACGCCUACUUCAUUGUCGACGAGGUGCAGACUGGUGUUGGUGCUACCGGUACCUUCUGGGCCCACGAGAAGUGGGGCCUCAAGGAGGGCGAGGAGCCCGACUUUGUCACCUUCUCCAAGAAGAUGCAGCAGGCCGGUAUCUUCCACAAGCUCGACACGCGCCCCAACGCUCCCUACCGCAACUACAACACCUGGAUGGGUGACCCGAUGCGCACUCUCCAGGCCCGUGAGCUCAUCAAGGUCAUCAGGGACAACAACCUUGUCGAGCACACCGCUGCCACCGGCAAGAAGCUUUCCGCCACUCUUGCCGACAUCUUCUCGCGCAACCAGGGCGUCGUCUCGAACCACCGUGGCCAGAACGACGGUACUUUCCAGGCCUUCGACUUUGAGACCCCCGCCAAGCGUGACGCCUUUGUUACCAAGAUGCGCGCCAACGGUAUCCAGGUCGGUGGCUGUGGUGACCGCUCCACCAGGUUGCGACCCACCCUCACCUUCGGCGAUGCUCACCUCGCCAUCCUCGCCGAGGGCAUUGAGAAGACGCUCAAGCAGAUCUAGACGGGUGUGUUGAGGAGUGACAAAAGGUUUCCACUGGCAUGAUGUAGGCGAGGCGAUAUCGGUAGUGUGUGGCAAGGGACUGCCACGAGGUUCUAAUGAUGCUGUAUGCAAUGUACCGUACCAA